UUUGUAAUAAUCAAGACAAUGUUUAAUAGUUAAGUCAACAAAUCAGUCUUGGAUGGAGUAAACAGAAAAGAAGUUAAAAUAUAUUUUCUUGACCUGUGGUUGGGUGAGUAAUCUCAGCUCUUUCAGACAAUAACUUGUUUUUUAGGAAUAUAUCAAGGAAUACUGUGGACACUGUGUAACACAAUUUUAAACUUAUUUUAAAAAAUUACGCAGUUGGUAGUAAGUAUAGUCUAAAAGUAUUUGCAAAUGUAUUACCUAUUCUUGAUUUGGUAACCUUCCAAUUUCACAAAAAUCUGGGGCUCUAUCAUUAAAACAUUGUCAUGUAAGGUUAGGCCAUGUUGCUCUGAAAUGCAUGCUUUUUCCUCUGUUAUGCUUUUUUUGUGCUGAACAGGUUUUGAUAUGGAGGUGGGAAUAUCAUGGAUUUUGUGACAAGUACCAGAGCUCCCGGAUCAAAAUACACAGUAUUUGGAGAAGCUCUACGUUUUAUUAUUCCUGGCCAUAUUCAGUGCUCUAUGGGAUGUGGUGGGCCGGCAUGCAAAUAUGAGGAUCCAUCACAUUGGAGCGAAGAAAAUCAAGCCAUCAAGGGAAUCUAUUCAUCUUGGAUCACUGAAAAUCUGCUUGCUAUGGCACGCCCUUCCACAGAAAUAAUGAAAAAAUAUAAUGUAAUAGAUCAGUUUUUGAGAGGUGGCUUGAAGACCAUUAUUAACCUCCAACAUCCUGGAGAACACGCCAGCUGUGGCAACUCGCUAGAGCCAGAGAGUGGCUUUACUUACCAACCGGAGACUUUUAUGGAAGCUGGCAUUUAUUUUUACAACUUUAGAUGGAAUGACUAUGGAGUGGCAUCCCUCUUGACAAUAUUAGAUAUGGUGAAAGUUAUGUCUUUUGCCAUCCAGGAAGGUAAAAUGGCUGUUCACUGUCAUGCAGGGCUUGGCAGAACAGGUGUGUUGCUGGCCUGUUUCUUGCUGUUUACCACACGGAUGACAGCUGAUCAAGCAAUUUUAUUGGUCCGAUCAAAACGACCAAACUCAAUCCAGACUAGAAGACAGCUACAGUGUGCUAGGCAAUUUGCUCAGUUGCUCGUUCCGCUGAGAAAUGUGUUUGCUAGUGCUGAGCCGAGAGCUCCCCCUGUUACACUUUCACAAUAUUUGAUCCGGCAGAAACACCUGUUGCAUGGAUAUGAGGCUCGGCGAUUAAGAUUUGUGCCAAAGCUCAUCCCCCUCGUCUGCAAACUUCUACUGGACAUUGCAGAGAAUCGUCAAGUUAUUGAGGAGGAUAUCGUUGAGGUUCCUGAUGUGAUACCUCUGGUUGAGAAACAUUGUAAUGAAACUGCAGUAUAUCCAUUUAACAGACAGAUAAUGGAAAAUGGCAUCACUUUGAUCAGGCCCCUUCUUCCUGGUCAACCCAGAGUCAAUGCAGACAACUCGCAACCACUUCACUAUGUCCGUAAGAGCCUUAGCUACAGCGAGUCUGACCUGCGUAGGUUAGCUUCAUCUUUAAAUCUGUCGGAUAAUCCUCUCAGUGUUUUAGCCAGCAUUCACUCAUGUAACAUCAGCAAUCAGUUGGCAGCUUUCAGUAGUUUCUCCCACAACUAUGUCACCAUUUCUCUGGGGACAGGUAAGAACAGCCCAGGCUACAGUUCAACUAGCAAUAUAUGGGAGCUGAAAACACUAAUGGACCAGAAGGAGGGAUCUACAUUGCUCAAAAGGAAGAAACAUUCUGUUCUGCAGCGAAGACAUUCUCUAGGUGUAUCAGAUCAGAAAAACUCUACAACCAUCAACAAAAUACUGUCGUUCUGGAGGAAAGACCCCGACCAUGAUGGGACAAAAAAAGCAGAGGUGCCUUUCAUUACCGUACAGUCCGAGUUGUCUCUGGACUCACGACAUCUUCUGGUGGCUCAGUCCCUUGCGGUAGACCUUGAGCAUGAUGGAGAAAAAGAACAAAUUCAGAAGGUGACUGCUUGGCAGACAGAUCUUAAUUACCAGGGUGCAUGGGAGCGGCUGUGUUUGGAAAAAGACCCAUUUAUUCUAUCUGGGAUUUUGUGGUCAUGGCUAGAGCAGCUCAAAGAGCCAAUCAUCUCAGCUCAUGAUGUCUUCAUAGAGGAGAGUAUUAAAGACCCAGAAGGUGUCCUCAAUAGCCUAGAUACGGCUUCAAGAGAAACAUUGAUGUGCAUUCUGGAUUGUUUUGCCUGUUUACUCACAAUACCUGAGGAAGUCGAGAAUGCCUUUCUAGAUCGUGCAACCAAAGCUCUCACAAAGAUGCAAAACCCAGAUGGUGGAAAUAGUAUCCAGAAAAAUGUUUUGAGGCUUGUUCUGCAUCAUAUGAAGUCAACUGCCUCAAAGGGUGAAAUGAGGUGUCACACAAUGUAUAACUAAGGUCCUAUCUACAAAUUCAUUU